AUGCUGCGGCUCGGCAGCGUGCAGCGGCAGUUGUGGGCAGUCUUCGAUACUUGGUCCUCUGCGCGGCUCCCUUUUGGCGCCGACAUGCCGAAGAAGGCUGGUGCAACGAACAAGGGUAAAAGCCAGAACAAGGAACCAGAACGACCACUUCCUUCCUCAGGUCCUGUGGCAGUUGAUCCUAAAGGUUGUAUCACCAUCGCCAUCCAUGCCAAACCUGGCUCCAAACAAAAUGCUGUAACAGAUGUGACAGCUGAAGCCAUCGGCGUAGCUAUUGCUGCACCGCCGUCAGAAGGCGAGGCUAACGCUGAGCUCUGCCGCUACCUCUCCAAGGUCUUGGAACUCAGGAAGAGUGAUGUCAUUUUGGAUAAGGGUGGUAAGUCUCGUGAAAAGGUGGUGAAGAUUUUGGCCUCUACAACUCCAGAAGAGAUCCUGGGCAAAUUACAAAAGGAAGCUGAAAAUAAAUAG